GGCGGGCACUUCAUGGUCACGUGAUCACUGUGUACAAAGGACAUCCUGAUUGUUGGCUCCUCCCUUUUAUUUUUGUAUGAUGCAUAUUUUUUGUAUGGAGUUUGGGAAAAUGCAAACGAAAACAGAAACUUUCAAGGGGCAGCACGUAGCAUAAGCAUAUUCGUGUACAGGGACGACCAUUUGGGUUGUUUGGUUGUUUUGUUGUUUUUGGAAAACAAACCAACGCUGACGCAAGUCUCCCAAGUGUUUUAAUACAGACCCCGCCUUCGUCAUAACCUUUUUCGCUGCUGGGAACGCAACAACAUUCAUCCAUCACGUGAUCAAAUCCCCCCUCCCUAUUUCUCUAGCUUUUCUUUUCUAUUUAGUCAUUUGCGAGAUCCUGACAAGUGUGAGCCUACCUGUCAUUUGUUGCUACCUGGUGAAUCUUGCACUGUUCAAACUACAUCUCUACGAAAAGAAAAAUUAGAAGAAUUUUACAAUCAUGUUGAGCCACUUGAAAAGUUACUUGUUUGGGGCCGCCGAUGAGGCAGCAUUAGAAGGAGCCGCCGUAGGGGAUUGUACCAGUAAUAACGGCGCAGAAGACGACUGGGUCCUCGUCGAUACUCAAGAAGUUAUUGGAGAUGUAGAUUGUGAUGAUGAAACGGUCCUGGGACUGGAAGAGUCCUGGAUUGUGACCCAGGAAGUUUUAUUGAAAGCUGUUGUGAAGCCACCGAUGGGUAGAAAUAAAGGUUACGGACGUCGAAACCGUCAACCAAAAGGGACCAAGCCCCGCAGAUGGAAGGGGCCGAAAAGCAACGGACAAGCAUCAAUCAAGCCCGUCCAAGCCUUGAUGGAGGAUAACGAGAGCACUAGCUCUUCCAUCGCCAUUGUGCCAAGCCCGGAACCGAUGGUACGUCCGGCAACCUCUCCCGUAACUGCGUCAACUGUUCUAGCUGCUUCUAGUGAUGCAAAACAAAUGGCGACAAUCGCUUCCGCACGAAUUGCGAAACAGAAAGCGGACAAAAACUGGAUGUCACGUAAGAACUUGCUGCGGGGCAAUCAGACCAUGAUGGCUGCCGCGGGUAGUAAAAAUCGACGCAGCCAGCUGAUCGGUAGUCGCCUUUGUGGAUCCAACAACAACCGCAAAAGCCACAAAUAUUAAAAAAGAAACCCAUUUUCUUCUUCUUCUUCUUCUAUUUGGCACAUGCUUCUUUUAAUUGUUUACUACAUUACUGACGUCCUCCUGAUUCGAGGGAUUCUAAAUGCCCUCUUUGUCCUCCCCCAAACCAAAAUUUUCCCCUUGUCUUGUCCCUUUUAUGAAUUAUCGGACUGUUGCAUUGUAUGGUGGAUCUCUCGUUUGUGUGAUCGUUUUUGUUUUUGCGUGUAUGUCACCGCGUAAUCAGACUAACGCGUUCAACUAAUCCGCCGGUAAUUCAACCACGAAAUUUUCUUCAUCAAACAUUAAACACCUUUGACCCCCUCUUUCUUCGUUGACAAUUCUGAUUGUCUUAAGGGCUGUCUUUUCAACAAAACUCUUUUGAUCUAACACUUGACAAACAAAAUGUUGAUUUAUUUUUGAGUUGAUAUAUUUUUUUGUGCGACAUAUUUUUCAGUUGAAGAAUCAAAUUUACAAAAAUUCAUCUGUAGCAAUAUUUUUUAAAUCUCUUCUGCAUAAUGAUUUCAGCUAGUAGGAAAUUGAGAGAGUAAAAAUAUGAGUUUAUUCGAUCCCUUGACACCAUACAAUUUAGCACUGUUUAAAAAUACGGGGAAAUGAAAUUUUGAAUGUUAACGGGAAUGUAUUCGUAGCGUUGAUUUGUUGCGCCAUUUUCUCAUGUCUGGUUUCAAUGUUGUUAUUGUUUUUUUUUGUUAGUUCCGUUUUUCCCUUUUUUUUUUUUUUUUUUUUUGUUCUUUUGGUUUUUUGUCAAUGGAUAUGUCGAUUGUUCAAUAACAUCUCGAUCUUAUCACCGCA